CUGUAACAUGAAUAAUAAUUGUCAAUAGAUUAUGAUGAACAUUUAAUCACAACCAAAUAUAGACCAGGAAAUGAAAAACAAAAUAAUAUCGAAGGCGUACGAAGAACAUAGAAGAGAGAAAGUAGUUUGUGUACAAUUAGAGAAAAAUAAAAGUAAAAGAAUCUAGGAAAAUUUAGAGUUUUAAAAAAAAAAUUAAUGUAAGAUAUUUUUGGAGUAAAAAAAUAGAAAAAUAAUGUUGGGAGCAUUUGGUGGGGUAGAGGAAACAAAUUCUCCGUAAGUAUCAUGUACUAGCCGCUGCCCAUCUCAGCCCAUUUAUGUCUAACUUUGGACGUAUAAACUCACAAUGUCUUCUUUAGCAUUUCUUAUCAUUUGAAAGGGUGACGAAGACUUGAGGUCAACGUAAAAUCAUUCACUUUUCGUCAAAUCCAUAGAAUCAAACAUGGAUGUUUAGGUUUGCAGACACUGAUAGCGAGUCUUCACAUGUUGGCUUUAGCAACUUGCUUCGUCAUCAGCAAGUUGUUGUAAUCACACCAAUAAUGGCUUAGCAACGGUGUGCUUCUCGAGAUCACCAACUUGUGCCAAAAUUCUUUCUUUAUUCAGUUUCUCAAACUUGCCCAUUAUCAUUUUUGUUAUAUAUAUUAUUCCCCAACUCCACUGCAUAGACGAAAUCGAGCAAGAAUUUAUAUUGAUAAAGAUGAAACCAUUCCUUUCUGCGUUCCUAUUAUUGUUCCUUCUCCUUCUCCACCAAUCCCAUUUCGCGAAGGCUGGUAUUGGGUCUUCUCUUGCGUCUCUAUUCAAGUCUUUAAAUAAGGAAAAAGUUAUCAAUUGGGUCAAUGGAAAAAAACCACCAAAGCCAGAAUGGGAUAAAGAAUACUUGAAGUAUUUGAAACCGGAUCCCAAACUACCAAACCUCCCACUCAAUAAGGAAAGAAAAGGCUUCGCUCCACUCAAACAAUACCUUUCUAACUUUGGCUACCUUCCAUCCUCCGACUCAUUCAACAACACUGUUGACCAACAAACAUUAUCAGCCAUCAAGACCUUCCAGGAAUCUUUCAAUCUCCCAGUUACCGCCGACAUAGACAACCACACCCUUAAACUCAUCUCCCUACCACGAUGCGCUGUCCCCGACAUGGAUUUCAACUACAGCUUCACCCAAAACGUGUCGUGGCCCAAAGCCGGUCACCGGUGGUUCCGAAAGACAAACCUCACGUACGGUUUUCUUCCGGAGAGUGAAGUCCAACCCAGCUUCACCAAAGUGUUCAAAAAUGCAUUCACGCGGUGGGCGAAUGCCACAGGGUUUUUGAACCUGACGGAGACAACCUACGACGACGCGGACAUUAAGGUUGGGUUCUACAAUUUCUCUGAUGUCCUUAUCGGCGACUUGUUUGGCUUCAGCUUUAUAACGGAGAACCCUCCGUCUGACGUGAAGACAGCUGAGAUAAAUCUCAAUGGCAACAUGUAUUGGGCGCUGCCCAGUGAAAAAGGCGACUUGUCGGCGGAGGAUGGAGUUCUGGACUUGGAGAGUGCCGCGAUGCAUCAGAUAGGGCAUUUGCUUGGAUUUGACCACUCUUUCAUGAACGACUCUGUUAUGUACCCUUACAUUUUGCCAUCGCAGGAACGAAAGGUAGAACUCUCCAAUUCUGACAAGAACAACAUUAAGAAACAGUAUGCUAAUGUUGACUCUGGCGGUGGUGGAUGUUUGGGAGUGCCUUCAAUCACCAUUUUGUUGUCUCUGGGAUUUGCUUACAUGUUUCUUAUGUAUUGAGGUCUCCUCCUAUGUCUAGCACACAACUUUGAUUUUGUUCUUGAUUUAUAUUAUCGGGAAUGGUUUUCUUUCCAUGAAGAUUAAGUGAGGAAUAUGUUUCUCGCCAAAAAUAUGUCUUUAAUCUGAGUGUUGUAAUUGUUUCUAAUUGGUCUCUGAAUAUGGAAAUAAAGGAAAAUUUAAAAAAAUGGAGUAUUUUAGUUUUUAAAUUAUAAAAA